ACAGGUCGACCGACAUGGCGUUGAGGCUGGCGGCGGCGGCGGGAUGGCGGCGAUCGUGGGACGCUUUACCACAGAUCGUCGCCCGACGGACUCGGGGGUCCGCACGGACAUCGGUGAACACGAUGACGACUUUGUCCGGUUCGGAUGGACAAGGACCCCGCGCGACGCUCCCGUUUGACUCGAAUCGGUUUGUCACACAGCUCCAACAUCAAGGCUUCUCGGCUGAACAGUCAGAAGCUGUUCUGGAUGCGCUAAAAAGCACGAUGAAGGAAGCUUUGGACGUGCAGGAUGGCAUGCUCGCGACAAAAUCCGAGCACGUGCAACUCAAGUCGGAGCUAACGGACCGCGUCUUUAACUCGACACUGAAAUUCGACAUUGCCCAGCGACACAUGCGGGACUUGCUCGAGCGGGAUUUUAACAACCUGAAGCAAGACAUUCGCAUGAUCGAGAAGAAUGACUUUGACAAAGUACGCAACGAAAUCGUCGACAUGGAGAAGCGAUUCCUCCUUCAAAAGCAAAUCACGGACCGCAUGGUGCACAAGCUUCACUUGGCCAACGAAACGAUGGAGACCAUGAUCAUGAAGUUCUGUACGUGCUGUGCUCCAUCUCCUUCCCUUCCUUUCCUUCUCCUUUGGGCUUAUGGAUCGCUUCUCCCCGUAGCGGUGGCCGGCGGCGCAACCCUCGUCAUCCUGAUUGCCAUCGUCGGGACGUAUUUUGAAAAAUCUUGACAAUGAAAUCAGUUGCACUAA